AUGGCUAAGACAGGAGAAAACUUGAGAGACAAAUCUAGAUGGAGCCUUGGAGGCAUGACCGCUCUUGUCACUGGUGGCUCCAAAGGCCUCGGUGAAGCUGUAGUGGAGGAACUAGCUAUGUUAGGAGCAAGAGUCCACACAUGUGCCAGAGACCAAACUCAGCUUCAAGAACGCUUACUUGAAUGGCAAGCAAAAGGGUUUCAGGUCACCACUUCUGUUUGCGACGUUUCUUCUCGUGACCAACGGGAGAAACUCAUGGAAACCGUUUCCUCUCUUUUCCAAGGAAAACUCAACAUCCUUGUAAACAAUGCGGGAACGUGUAUCACUAAGCCUACCACUGAGUAUACAGCAGAAGACUUCUCGUUUCUGAUGGCUACAAAUCUCGAGUCAUCUUUUCAUCUCUCACAGCUCGCGCAUCCAUUGUUAAAAGCCUCUGGUUCAGGAAGCGUUGUGCUCAUGUCCUCUGCUGCUGGGGUUGUGCAUAUCAAUGUUGGAUCCAUGUAUGGAGCAACUAAAGGGGCUAUGAAUCAGUUAGCAAGAAACUUAGCAUGCGAGUGGGCAAGUGAUAGCAUAAGGGUUAACUCUGUGUGUCCAUGGUUCAUAGCAACUCCUUUAGCUAACAGUUUUGUCACUAAUAAAGUGUUAAACAAAGAAGUGGUGAAUAGGACACCUAUGGGACGUGUUGGAGAGGCAAAUGAAGUGUCAUCGCUCGUUGCAUUUCUCUGUCUUCCGGCGGCCUCGUACAUAACUGGUCAGGCAAUAUGUGUUGACGGAGGUGCCACUGUCAACGGCUUCUCAUUCAAGCCUUAA